UGGAAGUAUUCAUACUCGAAUCGAAGUGGCUGGAUAGAGCGGGAGGUAGAGGAAGGAAACGAUCUUGUUGCAGCUGAAGCCUGAAGGUUCACUGACAAACACAGAGCAGAGCAUUGUACGUCGCGCGCGGGAGCAACGCAAGAGACCGGAUUCCAUCCUUCGAUCCACCGAUUAACCUCGCCUCCUUACCACUCUGGGCAACUUUGAUCCUUGGCUUGCUCCGGCCGAGGAAGCAAGCGAGCAAACCGGGCCUGAUGGAGUAAGUAACCGCGGAUACUUGCCGCCUCCCUGCUCCUUGCUUCCUCCCAUGGCACUUGCCGCCGUGCCGCCAUGCCCUGCACCUCAAGCAAAGUGGCGCCGCGGACCUCCUCUAAUGCCCGCCCCCUUCACCGCCACAGCCUCCUCCUCCUAUUCCUCCGGUCGUUGCGUGCGCAGCUUACCUCCACCUCCUCCUCCUCAUCGGCGCGCCGGAAGAAGAUCAUGUCGGUGAUUCCGCGGGGCCGGCCCGGUACCAGCCUCGGCCACCGCCGGCCGAUGCUCCUGCUCCUCCUGUUCUGCUGCCUCCUCGCCUUCUUCCCCUGCCGCGCGUCGGCGUUCCACUCGUUCGUGGGGACGUACGGGGUGAACUACGGGCAGAUCGCUGACAACCUGCCGAAGCCGCCGGAGGUGGUGAGGCUACUCCAGAUGGCCAAGAUCAAGAACGUCCGGAUCUUCGACUCCAACCACGACAUCCUGGACGCGUUCCGCAACUCCGGCCUGAACCUGGCCAUCGCCAUCCCCAACGGGCUGGUGAAGGACAUCUCGGCGAACCCGGCCAAGGCCAUGGACUGGGUGAACGAGAACGUGCAGCCCUACUACCCGGCCACCCGCAUCGUGGCCAUCAUCGUGGGCAACGAGAUCCUGGGCGGCGCCGACUCGGGCCUCGCCGAGGCGCUCAUCGGCGCCGUCGUCAACGUCCACGACGCGCUCCGCGCCCUCCGCCUCUCGCGCACGAUCGAGGUGAACACGCCGCACUCGGAGGCCGUGUUCGGCAGCUCCUACCCGCCCUCCAACGGCACCUUCCGCCCCGACCUCAUGGUGUACCUCAAGCCGCUGCUGGACUUCUUCUCCCAGACCGGCGCGCCCUUCUACGUGAACGCCUACCCGUUCCUGGCCUACAUGAGCGACCCGGCGCACAUCGACGUCAAGUACGCGCUCAUGGAGCCCAACGCCGGCAUCCUCGACCCCAAGACCAACCUCCACUACGACAACAUGUUCGAGGCGCAGCUCGACGCCACCUACUCCGCGCUCGAGGUCGCCGGCUACCCCGACAUGGAGGUGCGCGUGUCGGAGACCGGCUGGGCCUCCGAGGGGGACGCCUCGGAGACGGCGGCGACGCUGGAGAACGCGCGGACAUACAACUUCAACCUCAGGAAGCGGCUCUUCCUCAGGAAGGGGACGCCCUACAGGCCCAAGCGGGUGGUCAAGGCCUUCAUCUUCGCGCUCUUCAACGAGGACCAAAAGACCGGCCCCGGCAGCGAGCGCCACUUCGGCCUCUUCAAGCCCGACGGCAGCGUCUCCCUCGACAUCGGAUUCAAGGGCCUCAGAUCGUCCUCGUCGUCGCUGCUCACCGAACAUCGAGCCAGGGGGUGGAUCCUGCGUUACUCGGCGGCGCUUCUGCCAUGCACAUUCGUUUUCUUAGCUUUGGCAGCAUGAUUAACAUUGACCGGGGGCAGAUUAGCAAGCCUGUGUUUACUUAGGAAGCAAACGGCCAUGAUUUCUGUAAAUUCCACAGUUCGAUACACCGAUCCUCUCAAAUCUCAAUCUCUCACAUACAUCAGUCUCCUGUUCGUUUUAUACUGUAUAUAAAUAUUCGAAUCAUUUCUGAAUGA